AUGGAAACUCCACAAUCUCUAGCCAUUGAGAGUUUUUCCUACAGUUGGUUAUCUCAAGAUGUGCUCCCAAGAACGUCGACGGACAUUCGAGAACUCGGCUACGUGACGGACCAGAACUUCAAAUUUGAUGGUACAACACCUGCAGUUUUUAUCCAUGCUGAUGAGCUUUUCACCAAUGGCUUCAUCAGACCUGUUUAUGUCGAUCCUUUGAAGAGGGAGAGGUGCGAUGCCUUCGAUUCAAUUCAAACCAUGCCUCCUAGUUCACCCUUUUCUUCGAAAACCGAAACUCGGGUUCGUUGCAGCUUUCUUAGAUGGUGCGGGAAAUCGACAAGGAGAAUGUUGAGAUAUCUUUAUGGAAAUCUCAGACCUUUGGUGGGGUUCUUGAGAAAAAACAGCAGGGUUGAUGAUCUUGACCGGAGAACUCAAAGAGUUAGGAGCUCACCACGAGCAUCCCCGCACCAGAGUACGACGGCUAGUUCAGCGGGUGAAUCGAUGUGUCACCUUGAGAACUCGAUUUAUGAGGCUGUUCUCCAUUGUAAAAGAUCUGUAGGAAUUGCAGACAUGAGGCAUGAAUAUGGCAGCUGAUCACAUGCCUCAAGUUUCUCAUUUGCUUCAUUUCUAUGUUUUCUUUGCACUUAGAUAUUCAUAUACACACACACAUAUAUAUUGUAUAUAUAAAUGACAUGUUUGCCUAUUUUGUGAUGAUUAAACUAAUAUCAGAAAGUGUUUGUCAUUGU